GGUAGUAAAUCUGGUAGAACAAUAUGAUGCGGAAAAUUUCAAGGAGCCACGUCGCUGUACUGCGUUAAUCUAAAGCGUAAUUCUUAGUUAGGGCGUCGCGCCGCUAGCGCUGGCCGGAACUAUAGCAGACGGACUUAGAGAAGCAGACGGAUGGAUGGAAAAGAAGAAGAAGAAGCUCUUCCUCCCCGAGUUAGCAGGUGCCAUGCGAAGCUCAACGGUCGUGCUGUUUGCUGCCUUCGUCGUGACCUGGCUUGGCUCGGCGUCGGCAGUGGUGGAGACACAGACGAAAGUGUCCGGGACAGCGCGAGCAGAAGGUGGACUAGUGAGCUGGCCAGAAGACAGGAAGCUGAACGACAGGAGACUGACGCUGCCUGGUGAAGCCGACCCGAAGCCAACUCGUGGGGAGGCCCCGACGUCGUCGCAGGCGCAACAGGCGGGGUUCCACGCGCCUCUGGGGUCAUCCGGUUUGCGACCGGCUCCUGCAAUCCCAGAGGGUGACGGCAAGCGCUCCUACCUCCUGGUGGCGGCAUUUCUCGUAGUGGUCUUCGUGACGGCCACGGUUGUGGGCAGCGCGCUUCGCCGCCGGUGGAGGAAAAGGAGGAGGUCGUCACCAGGCGCUCGAAGGUUCGCUGAAGUGCCUUAGAAAUCAGACGUCGCAUAAAAAAAAGAAGAGAGCGGCGCAGAUGCAAUAAAGCUUUGUGUGUCCCAACUUUUGAGUCGCAGUUAUGAUGUAUGGUCAAGGGUGCGACGGACGUCCUAUAAUCAAGUUGCGUGCCCUUAAAAGCGGCGACCUCUCAGAGCAACUACGGGCUGUCCAGAGGGCCCGCGACAGGGCGGAGGACCACGAUCUUCCUACUACGACGUGGGUGCGGGCCACGACGGCUACGGAAACUCCCUGAAAAGGGAGGUACCCUAACGCUGUUCCUCAGGACCAUUAGUAAAGUUCUUUGUCUGUCUGUCUGUCUGU